GGAGGUGGUGAUAUUCAUGGGAGCACGAUUCAAACUCUCUCACUUGGAGUAGGAGACCAGCUUCAGAAGCCCUGGAGCCAGCGCGCUGCUCUCUCUGCGCCACUUCUCUGCUUUAACCUAAACUAAAAACAGAUGGAUUAAUGUUUGCUUGAAAUAACUUUUUUUUUGUUUUUUUUUGUUUUGUUUUUGUUUUGUUUUUUUCUCCCAGCGCUGGAAGGAGAAUAAGAGUGUCUCACUUUGGACUGAAGCUCUGAUUUGACAACCUGAAGACAUUCUGCGCAAAGUCUCACCUGGCCAAUAUGAAGAGGUAUCCAGGCUUUUUUCAUUCCUGGGAGAGGAUGCCGUCUUGUUGAUCUCGUGUAGCCCAAUCGCGUUUUUUUUUUUUUUUAUUUGCUCAUAUUACAGUCGCUCUCCAUAACGCGAUCUGCGCUUUUACGCGGUAGUUUCAAAAAAAAGUUUGCAUGCUCAAAAUGGACCGUGCAGGAUUUGCUGUUUUAGUGGUUCUGACUGUCGCGCUGGUGCGAGCUGGUGACAGUCGAGAGGACACAACAGGUGUGAGGACAGAGAGUGCAGGGGCCGCCCGGGCGGUCUGGGACCAGCAGCUGUCCCAGGUGAGGAGUCAAGGUCACUCGCCCAGGGGACCGGGGGACGGGUCAUCCUCCGGACCAUCCGGUGAAACCUCUCCUGGGUCCAGCCACUCUAGGAGUCACGUCCGCCUGCCCAGGGGCGCAUCGUCCCACGGGGAUGGUAGGCACGUAUCCGCAGCAGGAGCGGCCGCUCACACCGCGGGCGCUUCCCGGGAGGACCUCGCCUCAGCGCCGCGGGAUGGUGCGCCGCGCACCGCCAGACACCCGGCCAGCCAGCAGCACAGAACCAAAGUGAACCGCAGGCAGAGCAGCAGACCCAGCUCUGCCAGCGCGAGGAGACUCGUUGGGCCGAACGUCUGUGGAGGUCAGCAGUGCUGCUCCGGCUGGGCGCUGGCACCGGGAACCAAUCGCUGCAUUAAACCUGACUGCCAGCCCCCCUGCCAGAACCGUGGCUCCUGCAGCAGGCCCCAGACCUGCGUGUGUCGCUCAGGCUUCCAGGGGCCCCGUUGUGAGGAGCUGGCCCCGGAGCAGGUGUACAUCCGAGACGGAGGCGGCCUGAGGCGCGUGCAACCCGGGACCAACCCUUUCCAGAGGGACCAACCACGGAGAAGGCCCUCGGAGAGGCAGGCCAUUGACACCACCAGGGUCCAGACCCCGCGACCUGCGACCACCAGGCAGCCUGUCCACACUGUGACCCAAGUGAGACGUGGACCCCCUGACUCCUCCCCUCAGCAGACCGGGACCUCCCGCACUGUGAAACGUUAUCCAUCAUCGUCUGGGCCUAUUACCUCCAAUGCUCUACCUAAUGGCAAUGGCUACGUUAACGGCAACAGGAACUGGCAGGGACACAGAAACACUCACAGGCCUACAGGCGACAGCCAGCUACAGGGACAGUUCAACAACGCAUUAUUACCAGCAGGGGCCAACCUCACCUCCAAUCUGGACCGCAUCAAGAUAGUCUUCACACCCAUGCGGUGCCGCAGGGUGUGCAACGGCGGGCACUGCUACAACAGCUGCGAGAAGGGAGACGUCACCACAGUUUACAGCGAGACGUCGCAACACCACCAGCAGCAGCAGCCAAAGAACCAGGGCUUCAGACUCUUCUUCUGUCAGAUUCCCUGUCUUAACGGAGGCCGAUGCAUCGGCAGGGAUCUGUGCUGGUGUCCUACCAACUCGACAGGAAAGUUUUGCCACCUGCCAGCCCCGUCUCCUGUCAGGCCAACCCCUCGCAGCCACAAGGAUCACCAAGGACCAAAAUCUCCCUUCCAGUCCAUGUACACACUACCACUAUCCAAUCAGCAAGUGUCUCUCCACCCAUCCCUGGUGAACGUCCACAUUCAGCACCCUCCAGAGGCCGAGGUCCACGUCCACCAAGUUGCUCGGGUGCAGCCUGGGCAGAGACCCACAGAGGGGGCUCACUCUGUCCGGCAGCGCUCCCAGCCUGCGAAUGGACAUGAAUUCAUCACUGAGCAUGGCAGCAGGCACCCACAAACUAAUGGGAACGGUCAUGGCCACACCAGACUGCACCACCGUCAGAACGGACAUGGCAGAUGCUUUCAGGAAACAGUCGAUGGACAGUGUGGCAAGCCUCUGCCAGGCCUUACCAAACAGGAUGAUUGCUGUGGAAGUGUGGGUGCCUCCUGGGGUAUAAACAAGUGCCAAAAGUGUCCGACCAAGCCAGCCUAUGCCGUGAUUGCAAACGGACAAGUGGAAUGCUCCAAAGGUUUUAAAAGGCUCAAUCUCACACACUGUCAAGACAUCAAUGAGUGCCUGUUUCCUGGGAUCUGCAAGAAUGCUGAAUGUCUCAACACCAAAGGAAGCUACAGGUGCACAUGCAAACAAGGCUACAUGUUAGACCCCGAAAGCAAGCACUGUGUCUCGGACAAGGCUGUGUCUGAUCAGAAGGCUUUGUGCUACCGGUCGGUGUCGGCAGGCACAUGCUCCCUGCCUCUGGCUCAACACAUCACCAAGCAGAUCUGCUGCUGCAGCCGAGUGGGAAAGGCCUGGGGCGCCGGCUGCGAUCGCUGUCCUUUGCCAGAAUCAGAUCAUUUCAAGGAGAUCUGCCCAGCCGGGCAUGGAUAUACCUACUCACGCUCCGAUGUGCAGAUUUCCCUCAGACACCUCGGUGAAGACGAUGUGCAGAGCACAGGGUUAUCAUGGGAGGAGCAGAGCCCAGUUCGCCCUCACCCUCCAUCCUCUCACCCCUCACUGCUGCUGCCUUUUGUCCCGUAUCACCCCAGCCACCCACAGACGCCACAUAUACCCCAGUACCCCGAGUACCCUGAGACACCACAAGCACCCCGGCGCCCUCUGACACCACAGCAGCCUCUUCAUCCCUCUCAGCCAGCCAGAGAGACACCUAAACAGCAGGAAGAUGUGGAAAUUCUGAGCCCGCCAGCUGCUGUGACGGAUUCACCGCUGAAAUAUCCAGAGACCUCUCCAGACGUCUCCAUCAUCAACCUGACGCCCGAGUCAAAGGAAACAACCCUCACGGAAUCAGCCUUAGGCUUCGACAAGUGCGCCACCGCCCCCACCAUAUGCGGCCGUGGGAAAUGUGUUCCCGUGCAGACCGGCUACACCUGCCACUGCGAUCUGGGAUUCAAGCUCAGUGCGCUGCAGACCAACUGCAUUGAUGUGAAUGAGUGUGACGAGGACCCAUGUGAAGGGAAGGGCCGCUGUAUAAACAGCUAUGGCUCCUACACCUGCCAGUGCCACAGUGGCUACAGCCAAGUGAUCACCCAGAACAGGAAGUUCUGUCAAGACAUUAACGAGUGCAGCAUGCCCAACAAGUGCCAGAACGGCAACUGCGUCAACACGGAGGGAUCUUACACCUGUGAAUGCAACGACGGCUUCGCCAAGUCCUGGAGAGGCCAGUGCGAAGAUGUGGACGAGUGCAUGGAUCCCAGCUCCUGUCCCAGCGGCGUCUGCGUCAACACUGUAGGCUCGUUCCAGUGCCAGGGCUGCGGGCCGGGACUCAGGCCCGCCGGUGACAGAUGCGUGGACUUAAACGAGUGCUUGAAUCAAACAGUGUGCGGCCCGGGCAGGUGUGUCAACACUGAGGGCUCCUAUAGGUGCAACUGUUUCCAAGGAUACCAACUCUCAGCGGACAACUUUUGCCAAGAUGUGGAUGAGUGCGUGCUCCCCGGAGUUUGUCUCCACGGCCGCUGUGUCAAUCUGGACGGCACCCACAAAUGCACCUGUAACCAUGGUUACCAAGCCACCUCAGACAGCAAAGACUGCGAAGAUGUCAACGAGUGUGCAACUGGUAAUGUGUGCCCAGAGGGAAUUUGCAUCAACACCGCAGGUUCUUAUACAUGCCAGAACUGCAGGCCUGGUUUUGGACCGUCUGCUGAUGGACUGAGAUGUGAAGAUGUGGACGAGUGCGCCCAGGCUGACUUGUGUCUCGGCGGGGUGUGUGCCAACACGGACGGAUCGUACACGUGCACCAGAUGCAAGGCUGGUUAUAGAGUGUCUCAAGACCGGCAGAGGUGUGAAGAUAUUGAUGAAUGCCAGUCGCUGUCUACCUGUGCCAACGGGAUCUGCCUAAACUCGGAAGGCUCCUACACCUGUGAGAACUGCCCUACAGGCUACAGAGUAUCAUAUGACGGGGAGCUCUGUGAAGAUAUUGAUGAGUGUGCGCUGCCCGCUACGUGCCCCCAGGGAACGUGCACCAACACAGAGGGCUCCUUCACAUGUGUCACCUGCCAACCUGGUUUCAUAGUCUCCGAGGACGGCCAGCAGUGUGACGAUAUGGAUGAGUGCUCGGCGGCUAACGUGUGCCCGGGCCAGCUGUGCUUGAACAGCCCGGGAUCCUACACCUGCAGGAGCUGUGGAGCCGGGCUGCAGCUGACCGAGGAUGGAUACGGCUGCGAGGACAUUGACGAGUGCCAGACCCCAGGUGCGUGUCCCACGGGUGUUUGCACCAACACAGAGGGCUCCUUCUCCUGCGUGGCCUGCGACCCGGGCUUCACGGUGGCACCCAGCGGCCUCUCGUGUGAAGAUGUGAACGAAUGUGAGGACAACGGCCUGUGCCUGGGAGGUCAGUGCACCAACAGCGUCGGCUCUUACAGCUGCUCCUGCCCAGAUGGGUUGGAGCUGGUGGAUGGGACUUCCUGCAGAGAUAUCAAUGAGUGUUUAACCAUUAUGGGGAUCUGUGGAGAAGGAGACUGUCUGAACACUGAGGGCUCCUACACGUGCCUCUGUCCUGAUGGAUACGCCACCAUCGACGGACGGCCCGGCUGCCAAGAUGUGGACGAGUGCAGUAAAGACAAUGUCUGCAUCCGGGGUAACUGUCUCAACACCGACGGCUCCUUCUUCUGCUUGUGCGAGGCCGGCUUCAAGUACAACGCUGACACGGCUGACUGUGAAGACCAGAAUGAGUGUAAGGAGCUUGGAAGCUCACUGUGUGGUACCUGGCGCUGCGAGAACACCAUCGGCUCCUACCGGUGCUUCAUGGGCUGCCAGCCUGGCCUGGAGGGAGAGGACGCCACAGACUGUGAUAUUGAUGAGUGUGUCAAUGAGACCAUCUGUGGGAACCACGGCUUCUGCGAGAACACGGACGGCUCCUUCCGCUGCCAGUGCGACCAGGGAUACACCAACCCGCCGGGAGACGCCAGCAAAUGUGUCGAUGUGAACGAGUGCGAGAUGACCCUGGCGCUGUGCGGUGAGGCCCUGUGUGAGAACUUCGAUGGCAGCUUCCUGUGCAUCUGCCCCAACGACAAUGAGGAAUUUGAUCCCAUCACCAGCCAGUGCCGCUCCCUGGCUGAUAUGACCAUCAAACUGCCAGCUAGAAUCCCUCCGCCUUCCUCCGCAGCAGAAGAGAAGAAAGAGUGUUACAUCAACUUGAAUGACGCCAACUUCUGCGACAACGUUGUGUCUCGAAACACCACCAAGCAGGAGUGCUGCUGCACGGUUGGCAAAGGCUGGGGGGACAACUGCGAGAUCUAUGCCUGUCCUAUUCCAGGAAGAGAUGAUUUUAACCAGUUGUGCCCUCAUGGCAGUGGAUUACUGCCUGUUUCCUCCAGACAGGCUCUGGGAGACUCACAUCCUUUCAUAGAUGCAAACGAGUGCGAGAUGUUUGGAUCAGACAUUUGUAAGAAUGGACAGUGUUCCAAUCUGUUCGCGACCUAUACGUGCUACUGCCGCAGCGGCUUCUACUACGACAACAUCCGGCUCGAGUGUGUGGAUUACGACGAGUGCGGUCUGGGAAAUGCCUGUGAGGACGGAGAGUGUGUGAACACCGCCGGCUCGUUCAACUGUUUCUGCAGUCCUCCGUUGGUUCUGGACAGCACGCGGCGGCGCUGCAUCAGCCUCAACACUACAGAAGAACCUCUCGAGUCUGAUCACGAUGUGCACAUGGAUAUUUGCUGGCAGCGCCUGGAGAGGGACAACAUGUGCGCGGAGCCCCUCCAGGGACACAGGACGACGUACACCGAAUGCUGCUGCCUGUACGGGGUCGCCUGGAGCGGACAGUGUGCCUUCUGUCCCAGGAGAGACUCUGAGGACUACGCAAUAAUGUGCAACCUGGCUCGGAGAGGAGGUGCAGACAGUCUGCGGGAGCGGCCGGGAUACGAGUACGGCAUCGAGGGCCCAGAUGAUCCUGCGGAGCCUUUUGCUCCUCCAUACUUUGACAGUUAUGGCAACCCCGCGGGACCGUAUGACGUUCCUGAGAGCAUUCCUCUCUUCCACGACUACAGCGUUCAGCAGCCACCUGCCCGCGUCCCUGUCCAGCGACCACGGGAGAACCAGCCACAACCAGUGGAUCCCUAUGCAGGACGCUACGAUGCAUUUGAGGGUCUCCGAGCGGAGGAAUGUGGGAUCCUGAACGGCUGUGAAAAUGGCCGCUGCGUUCGCGUGCGAGAAGGUUACACCUGCGACUGCUUCGACGGCUAUGAGUUCAACCUCGGCAAGAUGGCCUGUAUAGACAUUAACGAGUGUGAGGACAUCAGCGACAAGGUGCCCUUGUGUCAGAACGGGCAGUGCACCAACACGGAGGGAUCGUACAAGUGCACCUGUUUGCCGGGCUUCGUGGCCUCUGCCAAGCCACACAAGUGCAUCCCGGCGAUCCCGGUGUCGGAGCUCGAGAAGACAGAAAACUGAGACAGUGACUUCUCCCGCUCCCCCUCAGAGAUCGCCUUACAACCCCCCCACGCCUCCACCCUCCCUCUGCCCUUUUCCCCCCCGAGGGCCUGGCACUAAACCUCCAACAGUAACGCUGAGACGUCCAAACUCGUUUCCCUACAUAACACACACACAUGCACAGACACAAACACGCACAUACGAAAAGGCACACACGCACGCAUUCAGAUCCCCUUAUACACACUCAAGAGGACCAGGAAAUGUGCAGUGAAUGUAUUACAUGGGAUUUAGUAUUCACCAGAUAUCCAUUUGCCUUAAAGGGAUUUUGUGGACUGAUUUUUGUUUAUUCAGUAAAACCCCCCCAGGCAAUUUGAUAUGCAGAUAUAUUUUCCACAUUAUUUUCUCUGUAACUUUUUCUCUUUUUUUGUGUUAUUUAUUUCAUUUACACGACGGGCCUCUGCAAACUAAAAAAAGCAACCUAUUUCAGAGGGCAGACUCCAUUCCUCCUGUUUUAUUCGUCUCUGAGACAGCGUAAGGGAGAUAGAUAAUGUGUUUUGAAAAAGAAAGGAACGUCAUAAGAAACAAUCAGCCACCCGUAGAUCAGCUCGUGCCACACUGUCGAACCCUCUCGCCGACACGAUCUCGCUCAGUCGUAUUAAUUCACAUUGACCUUGGACUAAAUGGAUGCCAGGGCCUACACACGCCAUCAGAGCUUCUCCCCACAGCGACCUUCUGACUGCGAGCUGAAGAAUCUCUGGACCAAGAACUGGGACGUCACCGCAGCCAAACAUGAGAAAGUUCAGCCUCUGCGUGGGCCUGGAAAGACUGUAGAUGUAUAUGAUGAUCUAUGUGAUGUUUUGAAAAAAAAAGGUGCAAUAGGUAUAACCUGCCUUCCUCUGUUUGACACCAGUUUUUAAUCUUAAUACCAGCAAUGAAGUAGAAAAACAUGGACUCAGUUGCUGAUCCCAUUUUUUCCCUUUUCUUCUUUUAACAGUAUUAACUUGUUUUAUACUUAAAACUGUAAAGAAAAAACACUUCCAGGACUUACCGAAGUUUCGUCUCUAGCUAACUUCCACAACAUUCGUUGAAAUCACCCACAGACAUCACCGCUCAAAGUGAACGGUUGGUUUUAUGUUUCACAGGCAAAAACGGAUUUUACAUUCAACUGCAAUGCAAUCGUUUCCCAGAUCGCACAUCAGACCAUUCCCAUGUGUGCAUCCCCUUCCGGGUGCAUGUUAAGACAAAGGCUUCGUUGGAGAGGUUUGGUAUAUUUUGUACAGAUCUAGUACUAUGUAUUAUUUUUGUUACAUAUUCUCUUAAUGCAUUAUAGCACAACCAAUAUUUUGUCUGACAUAAAGCAUAAAAUGUAAGAAAAAAAUCUGGCAUUAUAGCUUUGUAGAUUUAUACGUGUCUGUAAAAAAAAUUUUUUUUUCUUUUUUUUUUUUUUUUAAAGCAUAUCUUUUAAUGUAUGAGGAGAGUGGCUGACACUGUACCAGAGGAACUGUGUGUAUACCCUGCCCUGUGGAGCAGACAAUGAAAUAUAUUUUUUUGGAAGUGGCAGCACUGUUCUGAUCGCAGACAUUUUGUCUCUUCAAGUUCAUUACAAAGACAAUGCUUUUGAAAAUGCAAGUGCCGACUUCAUGUGCGUCACAACUACAUGGCUUAAUAUUAGUGAUUCUGAGCAUUAUUUCUGUUAGUCACUGUUGGAUCCUUAUGUCAUGAAUGUAUCAUAAUAGUCAGUAUCAGCCUAUGCAUUUGGUUUCUGAACUCCCACUCAUACCGUUAUGACUUCUCUAUACAGGUUGUAGAAAUUAAUGGCAUCAUUUGUCGAAUGUGUCGAACUUGUCUCAAGAAAAAUCUCAACCGAAACAUAAAAGUCCAAUUCUAACUUUGGAGGAUGACUAAAGUUGAUGACUUGCGCCCCGCUCACACAUUCAUAACCUAUGAAUCUACAGCUUCACAAAUGUCUCCACCUGAUGUCUAACCGUACUUUCCUGUGCUGUUCAAAUCAUCGCCUGAACCGGAACCGGACGUGUAAUAUUUGGGUCAAAGUUGGAAUAUUUAAAAAGCCUUUCUUUCAAAACCGCAAAUAACUUGAGAUAAAAUGUCUUGUUGUAAAGCUGUGGUCAUUGGAAAUAUCAUGCUCGUUCAUUUUGUUUACCUCUUGACUGUAAUCGCUAUCAGUCAGCAAAAUAAAAACAUAAAAAAUA